ACUACCGCCAGCAUGCACUCGCACUCCACCACUGCAUCCCUCCACGAUGUGUGCCACUCUACCGCGUCUUGCCAUAGCACGCCCGGCGAUACGCCCGCUACGGGACAUGCGCAACCUCACGGCGCUCCCGUCAGUUCCAUGACCGCCCCUCAGUGCUGCCACUGCGGCUGGCGGGGCUCUCAUGCGCCAACCUGCCCUUUCAAGUGA